AUGGCUCCAUCAACAUGCUGUGGAAAGAAGGGCGAGAAUGCCAGUGGAAAGGGUUGUGUUUGUGCUUUUCAAGCAAGAUGUUCGUGCGGCCAAAAGAAAGCUCUCGAAUGUACAUGCGGAAGCGCCGAGUAUGAAAAUAAGAUCGAGGGCGCCAGAUGUAGUUGCCGUGCCCGCGCAGCCGGUGCUUGUACUUGCGAGCGUGCUACUGAGGAAAAUAAAGUUCCUGCUGGGGAUUUGUGUGGAUGUGGGGCUAGACCUGUUGAUGCAUGCACAUGUGAAAAAGCUACAGAUGGUGGUUUACUUCCUACGGAGACGGAUUUCACUAGUAAGGCUUAG